UAGAUGGCACCCAUUGACAACCUCCGAAUGAUAUAAAAAUGAACGAAACAUAAAUGAACCGACCUUCAUUCAACCUUAAAGUUUUCUGAAAUAUAUUUCACUGCUGCUCGAUCAGUGCAAUUUCUUAUUACACUUAAAGUGUUGAGUUCAACGUUUCUGCUAAUACCGUCGUUCCAAAAACAAAUCAUUCAAAAUGACUACCUAUUUCAACUACCCAUCAAAAGAACUUCAAGAUGAACUCAGACGCAUCGCACAAGCCAUUGUCGCUCCGGGCAAAGGUAUUUUGGCUGCUGAUGAAUCCGUUGGCACCAUGGGAAAGCGUUUGAAGGACAUUGGCCUCGAAAAUUCGGACGAUGCUCGUCGUCAAUACCGUCAAUUGUUGUUCACCACCGAUGACAAAUUAGCGGAAAACAUUUCCGGUGUCAUUCUGUUCCACGAAACCUUGUACCAAAAAGCUGACGAUGGUACCCCAUUCGUUGACAUUUUGAAGAAGAAGGGCAUCAUUCCCGGUAUUAAGGUCGACAGCGGUGUCGUUGAUUUGAUGGGCUCGGAAGGUGAAUGCACCACACAAGGUUUGGAUGAUUUGGCAGCUCGUUGCGCUCAAUACAAGAAGGAUGGUUGUGACUUUGCCAAGUGGCGUUGCGUCUUGAAGAUCGGCAAAAAUACACCCAGCUAUCAGGCCAUCUUGGAAAAUGCCAAUGUAUUGGCUCGUUAUGCAUCGAUCUGCCAGUCACAACGCAUCGUUCCAAUUGUUGAACCAGAAAUCCUUCCCGAUGGCGAUCAUGACCUCGACCGUAGCCAGAAAGUCACUGAAACUGUUUUGGCUGCUGUGUACAAGGCUUUGAGCGAUCAUCAUGUCUACUUGGAGGGUACAUUGUUGAAACCAAACAUGGUCACUCCCGGACAAAGUGCAAAGAAAGUAUCACCGCAAGAAGUCGCUUUGGCAACAGUCACCGCCCUACGACGAACUGUACCAGCUGCUGUGACUGGUGUCACAUUCUUGUCGGGUGGCCAAUCUGAAGAAGAAGCUUCCGUGCAUUUGAACUACAUCAAUCAAGUGCCAUUAUUGCGACCAUGGGCAUUGACCUUCUCAUACGGUCGUGCAUUGCAAGCUUCGGUGUUGAGAGCAUGGGGUGGAAAGAAGGAGAAUGUUGCUGCUGGUCAGGCUGAACUUCUGAAGAGAGCCAAAGCAAACGCACUGGCUUGUCAAGGCAAAUACGAACCCGGAUCGAUCCCGUCAUUUGCAGCUACCACAAGCCUAUUUGUUAAAUCGCACGCAUACUAAAAGUUUUUUCUUUUGUGUUUUUUUAAAAUAUUAUUUAGAAUUAUAACUAAAAUAUACACAAAACACACACACACACACACAUCAGUCAAACCUACAAUGUACUAAGAUGUUCUACUAAGUGAAUGCAUUUAUUUGAUUUGUUUUAUUGAAUUUUUUGUUUGCUAUAAGCCUUUUUCUAUCGAUUAGAUUUGGUCUUUUUUUGUUAGAAAUAUUUUGUAAAAACUUUUUCUUUCAAUCAUUUUUUGCUGUUUAAUCUUUCGUUUUCGAUUUUUUUUUUGGUUUUUGCAUGCAACUUAUAUUUUUGUAAUAAAAAUCAUUUGAUAUUUUUCGUUCGUAGUAUUUAGUUUUAAUGUCACGCAUACGUUGUAAUUGUUGCAAUACUACACACAUCUUAAUAAAAAUAAAAUCCCUAACAACU